GCUGCGGCCUCCGCCUCUCCUCCCGCCCCUUCCCCCGGUGCGAGAACCGCCGGAGCCGCGGCCGGAGCAGGGACGGAACCGUGGAGAAGGCGGAGAGCGCGGGUAGAGCCAUGAAACCUCCGCAGCGCGGCGGCGGCGCGCGGUGAGCGCUCCCGCAGAAGCUUUUCCCCUCCCGGUGGCCGUGCCGCCGUUCCCGCCUAAACGCGGCGGGCGUGGCGGCGGCGGCGCCGGCCGUGAGGGGCCCCGCGGCCAUGAAGGCGCUGCGGCGGCUGAGCCGGCACCGCACCGCGCUGGGGCUCGGCGGGCUCUCGCUCUGCGCCGCCGUCCUGCUCUACCUCGCCAAGUGCACCUCCGAGGGGCUGCGCCCGCUGCCCGCGCCCCCCGCGCUCCCGCACAGCCAGCCCGGCCGCGGGGCCCGCGCCGCGCCGCCGGCCGGCCCUGAGGGCAGCGCCUUCGUGGCCGUGGUGGUGAUGAGCGGCCCCAAGUACAGCGAGCGGCGCAGCAUCAUCCGCAGCACCUGGAUGGCGGCGGCGCGGCAGGCGCCUCACGGCCACGUCUGGAGCCGCUUCGUGGUGGGCACGGCGGGGCUGAGCGCCGAGGAGCUGCGGAGCCUGGAGCUGGAGCAGAGCCGCCACCGCGACCUGCUGCUGCUGCCGGAGCUGCGCGACUCCUACGAGAACCUCACGGCCAAGGUGCUGGCCACCUACGUGUGGCUGGAUGCGCACCUGGACUUCCAGUUCGCCCUCAAGGCGGACGACGACACCUUCGUGCGCUUGGACGUGCUGGUGGAGGAGCUGAGGGCCAAGGAGCCGCGGCGCCUCUACUGGGGCUUCUUCUCGGGCCGCGGGCGGGUGAAAUCCGGCGGCAAGUGGAAGGAGAGCGCCUGGCUGCUGUGUGAUUAUUACCUGCCCUACGCGCUGGGAGGCGGCUACGUGAUCUCGGCCGACCUGGUGCGCUACCUGCGCCUCAGCAGGGACUACCUGAACCUGUGGCAGAGCGAGGACGUGUCCCUGGGCGUGUGGCUGGCGCCCAUCGACGUGAAGAGGGUGCACGACCCCCGCUUCGACACCGAGUACAAAUCGCGCGGCUGCAGCAACAAAUACAUCGUGACCCACAAGCAGAGCAUCGAGGACAUGCUGGAGAAGCACCAGACGCUGGCCAAGGAAGGCAGGCUCUGUAAGGAGGAGGUGAAGCUCAGGCUUUCCUACAUGUACGACUGGGGAGUGCCGCCCUCGCAGUGCUGCCAGAGGAAGGAUGGCAUCCCCUGAAAGCCUCGGCAGCAAGGCUCGGGGUGGCGGACUCUGCUCGCUGUUACACGGGGAGAAUGCCAUGAAAAUGGAGUUCUUGCCUCAGUUUCUCCCUCAGAACUUUGGGCCAAAAGGCUUUGGGGUGCUGGCGUGGCUGGAUUUAGGGAUGAGCAGAAUCCUGGAAUCUGACUCCAUAUCCAAGGACAGACUUCCCAAAUCCCAGCCUGGUGCUGUGGGUCCAUAAUCCCAGCAGAACUGAGAGGGAAGAGCUGCUAAAAUUAAAAUUUUGCCUCAGUUUCUCCCUCAGAACAUUGGGAACAAGCUGUUCCCCUCAGGCACCGAUCCCAAAAGCCUUGGGAUGCAGGCCUGGCUGGAUUUAGGGAAGAGCAGUUAAUUGGAGUCAGGGGUUAAUUACUCUUAAAAAGAUUUUGCACGACUCAUUCUGUCACUCCCUGAGAGCUGCUGACGUGGCAUGGUUAGAGAUGCUUAAAAAAUCAAAUCAAACAGAUGCCAGCAGGCACAGCCAAAGGUCAGAUGCCAGCGUUGAAGGCAAAUAAAAGGUGGCAAAACACAAAAAGCAGAGAAAAUCGGGGGCAGAGAACUGGAAUGAAAAGCUGGAACAGAUUCUGAGGUUGAUUUGCUAAAGGUCAUGCUAAGUUUUGAUGCUGAUAAGACUCAAAUGAGGCUGCUGUUUAUUGCCUGGCAAGGAAAUGCCAGCUUGGCACGGAGGGAAGAGCCCAGACUGGGACCAGAAGAUUCCAGAGGGCAGGAAAAGGGAUCAGCUUUUCCUGGGAGAGCAUUCUGGCAGAGAAUGGAAUCAUUCAAUCUAUUCAUUUAUCUUUUUUUUUCUCUCUGAAAGGCAAUGUACAUAAAUCACCUGGCACCCCCAAAGGGAGGUGGCUGAGUUUUGGCAGAAAUUCAAUUUAUUCUUAUUUUGGGAGAAGAGUUUUUGGCUUUUCAGAGCCUCCAGGUGUUGUUUUGAGCUCAUUUCCCUCCAACAUUCACUCAAGAACUCCCAAGACUUCAAAUUUAGAUUUAUUUUAAUACAAAUGAGCAAGAAUUGACCAGUGAGAGUUCAAAAACCAUUUGCCCAGAGGUGGGGAUUUAAGGUGUAAAAGUGAAAUUUGUGUAGUCAAGAGAAAAAUGUUCCCCCACCCUAAAAAUUCAACUUGGAGAACACACUAAAAAUCACAUUUAGGUGCUCAAAGCUGAGGGAAUUCCCUCCUCCUCUCCAAAAAUCCCUUGCAGAGGAACUAAAAUGGAAUUAAUUACCAGUGACACGUCCAAAAUGGGGUUUUCCCCUCAGUGCUGCCUGCACCAACACAACCAGAGCUCAGACAGGACUCAGCCGUGCUUUCUGUCUCUCCAAACCCGGAAUUCCAACCUUUUCCAGUGGCAGCUGCUCCCGAAUUUCAGAAUUUCCCGGUCCCCUGUGCCAGCUGCACCUCUGGUUUUUACUUUGGAAAUGCAAAAUUCCAUUUUUUAAACAUCUUUUUGUGAGGGUUUUUUGGUGUUUGUUGCACUCUGCACUUUCAUUCCCAUUCCUUUCCCUCCUUCCCAACUCUGGCUGGAAGAAACAAAUGGCACAGAAAAAUUGAAAAAUAAAAAAAAUGCCAAUUUCUCUUUCUUUUCGCUUAGCAAAAUUAGGAAUUUUAGGAAUUAGGAAUACCAAAGGGAUCAAUUGCAUUGUAAUUUUAUUAUUUUGUUAUUCUUGGUUUAAUUCAUUAAUUACUGAAGAUCAAAAAUCUUCAGAAGAUAUUUUUAUUUUGAAAACUUCAAGGCUUUUUGCCCUAAAACAAAACUAAAAUCCUGCAAAAACUCGAUUAUUUUAGCAUGUUCAACUCAAUUAUUAUAAUUAUUAUUCUAAUAAUUAUAAUUAUUAUUAUAAUGCAUGCGUGGGGAUUACCAGGGAGUAUUUUUUCCCCAAAUAUCCUGUUCCAAAGCAGGAAUUUUCCAAGAUGUCAGCAAAUCCCAGUUUUUUCAACAUCCAUUUGCCAUCUGAGUUCAUCAGUGUUGUCUGUAUCGUGAUGAAUUACCUGUAAUGUGAAUAUUUAUUUAUAAUUAUAUUUAUUUCUAAUUCUU